AAGUGUAGCGUGUACCUCCGCUUUGCCAGAUUCUGACUCUCCGCCAAGUUGAGUUACACGUCAGUUGGGAACCUGUACUGGUGAGUGGACGUGUACAGCGCGCGUCAUGCGGUUCCCGGAUGCACCAAACAGAAACAUGGACCGGGUGGUGGUGGAAGUACCGAUCAACAACGGUUUUUCCAUCGCUGGUCCUUCCACAACCCCACGGAAGCGUCAGGUGCGUUUUUCAGCGCGGCAUGACAUCAUCCUUCUGCGGGAAGUUAUCGCCCAGAACCCCUUCGCCUCCAAAGAGCCAGGGCGAAUCUGGGCCCGCGUAGGGGAGAUCAUCACCGCAGCCCUCCAAGAUGAAAACUUUGAGGUGGAUGCCAGGAGGUGCAGGGAGAGGACCAUGCUGCUGCUGGACUACUACAAGAAACAAGACUUUCCCAGUUUGCGAAGAUUCGGAACAGAGAGGUUGUAUGCCCAAAAGGAGGAUCUGCUCCAUGAGGUUUUGGAGCUGGAGGCUGAGAAGGGGCUCCUGGCUGGUGGGGAAAACACAAAGUACCAGGAGGAUGACCUGAGAAAGCGAGCUAUCGAAGAAAUAAAUCUACCAGAGCAGGACAAACCCAACAUCAACAUCACACUAACACCCACUGCAGCAGACCCAGAAGAGGACCAUGAAGGGAUGGCAGAGAUUUCAGCAGCGCCUAUGGCCAAGCGGCCAUGCCAGUGCUGCUGCCAGACCUACUCUGAAAUUCUCAGUUUCCUGGAGAAACGCUCAGAGGCAGAGCAAAGACUGCGAGAGGAGGAGCUCGCUCUGCGCCGGGAGGAGCUCGAGGUUCAGAGGAGUAAGAUCGCUCUGGAGAGGGAACGUCUGGGAGCUGAGAGAAAAGAGAGGGAACGGAGAUUUGAGCUGGAGAGCCAAGAGAGGCAGGUCAUUUUGGACCUGCUAAAAGAGAAGGUGCUGAAAGGCUGACAGAGAAGAACAGUAUCACCUGCAUCAUCUUCAAAAACGAAAAGUUAAAGCAUGAAAUAUGAGGGGGAAACGUGGUUAGCGCCUCUAAAAAUAGGAAGGAAACCAAGGUAACAGGAAGUGAAAAGAUCAGUGAUUGUUGGUUGAUUACAUGCAUGUCAUUGAUCUGGCAAAAUAACCAAGCAAAAGCCGAUCCAGGAGAUGAACACUGAGGGCCUGAAAUGGACUGAAGUAGUGCAGGGCUUGCAGUUACUUUUUGCCGACCUUUUGCCGAGUAAGUACCAAGUAAGGCGUAGAACUGCUGACGGUACUUAAAAGUUGCGAUAUUUACCUAUAUCAGCUGCACAAAACUGACCCCUACUGCUGCUAACACAGAUCCUGCAGUCUACAUGGGGAUUUGCUAGCGCUGUUAGUAAUUAGUGGAGUGUCACCUCUGCAGUGAAAUGCCGAAAAGGCUGCGGCGUCUUCAUUUCUUGGUAUGGUGACGCAUGAAGCCAAAACUGGCUGGCAGUAGACAGGUGUGCCGUGCUGGUCUGUUGCAUGAGAGAAAAUAAAUGCAUUUCCUCAUGCAACACCAACAGCAGUGUGUGCUCAUGAGCUCCCUUCCCUGGGUAAGAGACGCCAUUCAUUGUGGUUCAAGGAUGCAAAGAACUGUGUAUUUAAGUUGAGGUGCAGUUUUAUGAAAAGUUUUAUGAAAACAAGAAAACUGUAGAAAACACAUUGAUGACAUGCUUUUUUUCAGCCACUUUAUUUUUGACAUUUUGAUUCAGAUAUGAGUACAUUUUCCUGACUGUGAAUCCACUGUACACUGGCCACUAAUACGGGCCAUAAAGUGAGUGUCCGUAUUUCAUAGAUUAUACGGAAACAAUUAUGGCGAUUAAGUGUCACUCCUACGUUGUGCUGCUUUUCUUUUUCUAUAAGACA